AUGAAGAAUCUCGCGCGGCUCCUGUCCAUGCUGGGCGCCGAGGACCGCCCGGCGCCGCCAGCGGAGCACAAGUUCUGGAAGACGCAGCCGGUGGCCCAGCCCGGCGACUCGGACGCGCUGCCGCCCGGCGCGAUCCAGCCGAACGUGCCGCCGGAGCAGGUGCGCGCGGAGCCGCUGCCGCUGCCGGCGGACUUUUCGUGGGCGACGGUCGACCUCGAUGACGAUGCGCAGCUGCGCGAGGUGUACGACCUGCUCACGCACCACUACGUCGAGGACGACGAUGCGACGAUGCGCUUCAAGUACUCGCCCGCGUUCCUGCACUGGGUGCUGCGCCACCCCGGCUUUGACAAGACGUGGCACGUCGGCGUGCGCGUCAAGUCGAGCGGCAAGCUCGUUGCGUUCAUCGCAGGCAUCCCCCAGGAGCUCCGCGUGCGCACGCAGUCGCUGCAGGUGACGGAGAUCAACUUCCUGUGCGUGCACAAGCGCCUGCGCAGCAAGCGCCUCGCCCCCGUGCUGAUCCAGGAGAUCACGCGCCGCUGCAACGCGAGCGGCGUCUUCCAGGCGAUCUACACGGCCGGCCAGGUCAUCCCCACGCCCAUCUCGUGCACGCGCUACUACCACCGCACGCUCGACGCGGCCAAGCUGCUCGAUAUUGGCUUCAGUGCGGUGCCGCGCGGCAUGUCGCGCAAGGACCACAUCGCGCGCUUCGCACUGCCGGCGACCACGCGGACCGAGGGCCUGCGCGAGAUGCAGGCCGCCGACGUGCCGGCGGUCGGCCGCCUGCUGCGCCGCUACCUCGCGCGUUUCGACAUGGCGCCGCGCUUCACAGACGCCGAGGUGCACCACAUGUUUGCGCCGACGGACGAGGCGCGCGUGACGUGGUGCUACGUCGUGGAGCGCGAGGGGCGCAUCACCGACUUUGUCUCGUACUACAGCCUCCCCUCGUCGGUGCUGAACCACGACGUGCACGACACGCUCAGUGCGGCGUACCUGUUCUACUAUGCGACGGAGGCCGCGUUUGAGGCGCCCCUCGCGCCCCGCGACACGCCCGCAGCGCCCUCGCCGUACGAGCGCGCGGCCGCGGAGGGCCGUGCGCCGUGGGAGCGCACCGCGUGCAGCCGCCUCUCGCCGGCCGAGGCGGCCGACGAGCGCGACGUCGCGCCGUGGCACACGGAGCGUGCCGCGCAAAAGAACGCGCUCAAGGCGCGCCUGCAGCAGCUCAUCGGCGAUGUGCUCGUGCUCGCGAAGCAGCACGGCUUCGACGUCGUCAACUGCCUCUCGGGCAUGGACAACGCGCUCUUCGCCUCGGACCUCAAGUUCGGGCCGGGCGACGGCUUCUUGCGCUUCUACCUGUUCAACUGGCGCGUCGCACCGAUCGCCGGCGGCCUCGGCGCGCGCGCCGGCGAGGACGAGCUCGAUCCCGCGCACGACACGCCGCACCCCCACCCCCCGACGCAGUGGGGCUCGGGCAACGGCGUGGUCAUGGUGUAG